AUGUACCGAGUCCUGUACAGACGUAUAUGGAGGAUUCGAUCCGCAAAAUUCGCCCGGCUCAUCCCCCCAGAGGGCAUGACCAUCGGAGGCACGUAUAUUCCUGGCAAUGUCAACGUGCUGGCGCCGUCGUAUCCAUUGUUCCGACCUCCCGAAUGCUAUGAAUAUCCGGACGAAUUCAUUCCCGAGCGAUGGUAUGGCAAGCCAGAAUUUCUGAAGCGCAGCGACGCUCUUCUGCGUGCCCACCACGCCGCCGCUGAUGAGGGCUUCGUAGAAGGUGGUGGGAGGGAACUUCUCGUUGAUAUAGUCCUUAACCGCUGGGCUGCUGGCCGUGUCGAUGGUCGAACGGUCGAUCAGCAGCUUCCCCGAAACGUCACUCGAGCAGAUGGUGUCAGUCGCCGAGCACAAUCUCUGAUGGACUACUCCGUAUAG